GUUUCUUUUUAUCCAUGCAGUGACUGACUCACUCAAUUCAGCUCAACUCACACACUCCCUCGCUCCACUCGUCUUUUCUUUCAUCCCUCCGUCUGACUUCCUACGCUCGGUUUCACAUCAGCGGCUAAAAAACCGAGUCGAAUCAUGGACGGAUUCCUAAAAUGCUAUUGCUAAUCUGAUAGCUUCAUCUAAUCCAAUUAAGCACACAACCAACCAAAGUGGGUGGGGCUUCAUCUCAUUACCUCUUUGUCCUAAACUGUGCCCCUUAACGAUGUCAGGGCGGCCCAUCAUUACCAUGGCAACCAACAGGGAGCGAGCUGUGAGUCACAUGACCGGAUUCUACCCAUUUGCCUUUAAUCCGAUGCGAAGCCACGCCCCCUUCGAUCUUCUGGCCCGGGGCAGGCUGUUCGGGCGAUACGGGGCAGAUCUUCCCAAAGAGAUGGCGGCAUUGUCGGUGGAGACCCGGAGUACGAGUUCUGAGGAGAUGAUCCCGAGUUCUCCGUCUCCUCCUCCCCCUCCCAGAGUCUAUAAACCAUGUUUUGUUUGUCAGGAUAAAUCUUCAGGAUAUCACUACGGCGUCAGUUCCUGUGAGGGCUGCAAGGGGUUUUUCCGGCGCAGUAUUCAAAACAUGGUUUACACCUGUCACAGAGACAAGAACUGCCAGAUCAACAAGGUGACGAGGAACCGCUGUCAGUUCUGUCGCUUACAGAAGUGCUUCGAGGUCGGAAUGUCUAAAGAAGCGGUGAGGAACGACAGGAAUAAGAAGAAGAAGGAUGUGAAGGAGGAAGUGGUUUUGUUAGAAAGCUAUGAGCUGAGUGGAGAGCUGGAGGAGCUUGUCAAUAAAGUCAGUAAAGCCCACAGAGAAACGUUUCCCUCCCUGUGUCAGCUCGGGAAAUACACUACUAACUCGAGUGCGGAUCACAGGGUCCAGCUGGAUUUGGGCUUGUGGGAUAAAUUCAGUGAACUUUCCACAAAGUGCAUCAUUAAAAUCGUGGAAUUCGCCAAACGCCUGCCGGGUUUCACUUCACUGACCAUCGCAGACCAGAUCACACUGCUCAAAUCCGCCUGCCUCGACAUACUGAUGUUGAGGAUUUGUACACGUUACACUCCUGAGCAGGACACCAUGACCUUCUCAGACGGUUUGACUCUGAACAGAACUCAGAUGCACAAUGCUGGAUUCGGACCUCUGACUGACCUGGUCUUCUCCUUCGCUGAUCAGCUGCUUCCUCUCGAGAUGGACGACACCGAGACCGGACUCCUGAGCGCCAUCUGUCUCAUCUGUGGAGACCGUAUGGAUCUGGAGGAGCCUCAGCGAGUGGAUCGGCUGCAGGAGCCUCUGCUGGAGGCUUUAAAGAUCUACGCCAGGAGACGACGCCCCGAUAAACCACACAUGUUCCCUCGAAUGCUGAUGAAGGUCACUGACCUGCGAGGAAUCAGCACUAAAGGUGCGGAACGAGCGAUCACACUAAAGAUGGAGAUUCCUGGGCCGAUGCCUCCCCUCAUCCGUGAGAUGUUGGAGAACCCGGAGGUUUAUGAGGAAAGUCUUUCUCCUCCUGCCAUCCAAGCCAUUAAACGAGAAAGGGAGGACGAGUCUGCUCCUGAGGAGAAGGAGAAGGAGGAGAAGAAGGAGGACAAGUUUACAGAGGAGGCAAAGGAGAGAGGAAGGGGAGGAGACAGUGAGAACGAUGAAGAGAGGAGCAUCCUGCAGAUGGAGAUGGGGGAGAAGAAGAACACGAGGGGGCGAGCGCAGUGAUGUCAUUUACAUCUGGAUUCGAUACACACAAACAUCUGAGUUUUCCAGGAGACGUUUAUUUCAGCAGUUAUUCAAUAUUUUCAGCAGUUGUCAAAUGAUUUCCCCCUCAAAUUAGCCUCAGUUCUGAAUAAAGGUAAUCAAUCUAGCAUUCACAUUAAUGCUGAAAAGGACAAGAAUUUGUGAAUAUAACAUGAAUGUUAUAUCCUGUCAGAUUUCCUCAUUUUAGCCUGAUAGCUAGCAAUAGCAAUACAUGUGUCUAAAUAGGACAAACCCUCAUGCUAGCUAGACAUAUCAAAUUAGCUAAACAUCCUGUCAGGUUAGGCCAGUGUUAGCCAGCUAGCAUUAGAAGCAAUGAUUACAAACGUCUGAAUGGAGCAAAAAUCGCAGCCAAGCCGAUAAUGUUAUCCAGAUUGUUAAAAUCCUCUCAGAAACCCUGCACAUGUUAGCCAAUUAGCUAGAAUUAGCAGUAAAGGUGACAUAAAAAGGUGUGUGUGUGUGUGUGUGU